AUGGGGUCCCAGUGGUCGCAAUUCUUCCCUCCAAAGCCAACAUUCACGGAAUCCGAUUUAGCCUCGUUGGACGGCAAGGUCGUCAUUAUUACGGGCGGUUCCUCAGGAAUUGGCUUUGAGCUUGCUAGAAUUUUGUAUCGAAAAAAUGCAAAAGUUUUCAUCGCUGCACGUUCUGAAGAAAAGGCUCGCAAAGCAAUUCAGAGCAUCCAAGCCUUUGAGGCUACAGGAGGUAGCCUCGAAUUCUUGUCUCUCAAAUUGGACGACUUGAGCAGCAUUAAAGCUACAGUGCAGGAGUUCAAGGCAAAGGAAUCGAAGCUUCAUGUGCUCUGGAACAAUGCCGGUGUCUCUCAGCCUCCUCUGGGCAGCGUGUCAUCCCAAGGAAUCGAGCUGCAGUUUGCUACAAAUUGUCUUGGCCCAUUCGUUUUCACCCAGCUACUGCUGCCUCUGCUUGAAUCUACAGCCGCAGACGAAUCAACGCCUCGAGACUCAGUUCGCGUUGUAUGGACCAGCAGUCAAGUUAUGGAGCUUUCAUCUCCUCCCGAUGGCAUCAUACUGGAUGAGCUUCGUACACCCCCCGAAGACCGCACUCGCAACUAUACCAAUUCAAAGACUGGCAACUAUUUUUUAGCCACAGAGCUUGCUCGAAGGGCGGCAUCGUCCAAUAUUGUAAGCGUGUCUAUGAAUCCAGGCGCCGCCACCACAAAUCUCUUCCGUCACACGCCAUAUCUCAAAUAUCUGGCGUAUCCACUGCUUUAUAAGCCUGAGCUUGCGGCUCUAACCGAGCUUUACGCUGGAUUCUCUUCGGAUAUUAGCAUUCGGAAUAACGGAUGCUAUGUCAUCCCAUGGGGUAGGAUUUCGAAUAACCUCAGGGAAGACUUGAUCAGUGCAGCAAAGACCGCCGAGGAAGGCGGUUCAGGAAAAGCAGAGGAAUUUUGGGAGCUAUGUGCAGAGAUGACAAAGGAUUACAUGUGAAUGUUGAUGGCUCCAAGUCAGAUCUUCAUAGCGGCGACGGGCUUGUGGAUCCAAGUCAGCUAUGACGCAUUUCCAACAAUUGAUAUACUGCCCAUCGGUGGCAUCACAAGUAGGCAGCAUGAUUUUCUCUGUUGGAUUAGCUUAGCUGGUGCGUUUACAUACUAUACUAUCUAUCUCAGCGACAGAUGGAAUUACAUACAGAGCGCGC